CACCGGCGGAACGAACUUACCCAGAACCAAACACUCUUCCCCCCUUCCCAGACGAACGCUUGUCGCAACAAUAAGUAGCAGCUCAGCAGAACAUAGCAGCUGGCUUUUGCACGGACUGGACACAAUUCGCGUGUUCUUUUUACCUGCAUUGUUGUCGAAGCUGGAUUUUUUUCGCGUCGACCGGACGAUUAGAUUCUGGCCUGGUUACCGAAAGUUGGAGUGAUCGACGGCGGGUAGUGUCCGUACUGAUUUAGGUUUAUUAACGUGUGGCUCUGUUUUUUCUGUGGAUUAACGGUACACUCACUUUUCUUGGACGUACAACGAGUUGGUGUUUAUCAGCUGCAGGAGCAAUCGUCAUUUGUUGCUGUUCUUGGUUGGUCGGUUUCUGAAACCUCGCCUACAUUUCGUUAAACGGUCGCCGUGUCGCAUCCGUAACCGACGAUAUUCACCAUAUCAUUAGACCUUUUGCUUUGAUUCUGGCAGCGUCUGCUUUUAGCCUGCUGCCUCACACGAAUACUCCCUUCUUUUUGAACAUUAGUUUACACGCAUAUACGCGGUUUCCCCCCGCACAAUAUUUUCUUGCGGCAUGUCUUCCGGGACAGCAUAUCACAGAACGAUCCAAAGAAUUCCGGAAAAGCGGGCACAGUCCGUCACGUUCAAUCGUAGAAAGACCGGUCUGUUCAAGAAGGCACACGAGCUCUCGGUGCUUUGCGACGCCCAGAUUGCCAUUGUUGUGUUUGAUCCAAAGCAGAUCUGCCAUGUAUACUCUUCGGAGCCCACAGAAGAGAAGUGUGAUGCGUUGUUGCGCCGCUACUUAGAAAAGGACUUCGUGUCGCAGGACCCGUUACGCAACCAGCGGCCGCCCGAUGGAAGCGAGAACGAGUCCUGGAGACCGAAACGGAACAAUGUGGCUAUAGUGAACACCUACCAUGCCAGCACCAAACCCAAGAAGGUUGCGGCUGGAGGGUCUUUCUCGGACACAGCCGACCAGGCUGCGUUCUCCAUCGAGCAUGAAACUUCGUAUCACAUUUCCAAGCAGGACAAUCGUCAUGCCUCGCAGUCCACUGCGUGUGCGGGCGACUCGCCUCCCGCCGUCCUAACGCCAACACUAAGCUCGGGUGCCGGCGCUAACGGCGGCCAGAUGGUUUCUGGUUCGCGAGGGCCUGCUUGUCCUGCAGGUGAGUUCAUGACUCCUGCAGCGUCAGAGUCUUUCUACGAACGCAGGUUUGACGGCGGUGCUCCGUCGAGAAACACUCCGUACUACAAUAACGGCAUGUACCUUACUCAUUCCCGUAGCUUCUCGGGGCCCGAGGACGCGUUUUCGCCGGUGUCGUGCAUGCAGUCGCAGGCGACUUUUGAAAAGCCGGCAGCUUCGCGCCUGCCGUACACGCCCACAGUGCCUAUGGCUCGUCAGCAGCCAUUGCAACCCACAACCUCUUCAAAUACGAACCAAAUGGUAUACCCCAUGUCGCCGCCUAAGACGACUUUCCGCUCAUCUGAUGUUCGAACUGCCGCGUAUCCACCAUCUGCAAUCUCGAGCCCGUCCAGGCCUCUUGGUCGUUCCAAUUCGCUUCACAGCCCCCGUUCGAAUUACCGUCAAAUCAAUCCGCUCAUGAGCCCUCACAAGCCACAUCCUCCUGUGGCGGAACGAAGACAAUUACCCGCGCUGGACGUUAAUGUGUAUCCCUUCGUUUCCAGUGAUGGUUCAGACUAUAGUUCGUUAUCCCAAGCAUCUUCCGCAACAGGCAUGCACAGUCGCCACUAUUCGCUCAACUAUUUUGACGUAAAUCAAACAGAUGCAGCGCUGGCGGCUCUGCCUGACUUCCAGGUAUCACCUACGCCAUGUGAAACGAAUACCGCGCCCUCGUCGCCCGAUCCCCUGCCUACAUCGUCCACAAAUCCAGUGUGCAGUGAACGCGGCGACUGGUUGGCUAUGGAUACUACGUAUGUUGAUCUUGGCGCGGGGGAGAAGGCAGCUUUGCCCUCGCUACCAGCAACAUCGCCUACUAAAGUAGACGCUAAUUUCUUUCCUCCGGGAGAAGAGAGCCCUGUCCUUCGUUCGAACGAUGACUAUUUUUCUACUGCUAGGACUAGUCCGAAUUUAAAGCUCUGGGAGUUUUCGUAAGCUUCGGUGACGAACGCUAUUGGGGUUUGAUUGUUAAAUACAAGCGCAGAAUUGCUCUUUGAAAAGGGUUCUACUAUCUUAUCUUCGCAUGUGAGCCCGUGAAGUGUUUCCCCCACGUCUUUUUGUGACAUUCUUCCUUUGAGCCUUUAAUUGUAACGCUCUUCGAAUAUCUUUCUUUUUGUUUUUCUCUUUCUUUUUUGUUCGCCUUUGUCUCCCUUUUUGUCCUUACAUGCAGCAGGCGCAUGCUGUCAUGUUGUGCGUUUCACUUAACUGACUUGUGAGCAUACUGGUUAUGUUCAUGCUAUUGGAUUAAUGUCUGUUUUGCCAUUCGUUUCCUGUCGCACGCUCUCCUCCUAAUACGCGUUUUGUUUUGAUUGAGGUGAAUUCUAUUUUUCAUUACGGUGUUUGCCUCCUGUUCGUUAACUUUGAUACUAUGAGGGUUUGUCGUCCAUGAUACCUACUUUAUGAGUCUAUCUUUUCUUUAAUAUUAAUUGUUGCAAACGUUAUGCAGUGUGUUGUUGGG